AGGUUAAAUCCUCUAGCUCUAUUGCAAAUAGUGUGCUUUUGUUUUGGUUCUAUAAUCUAUUUGUUUAAAGUAGUAUGUUAUAAACUUGCAACUUGUAAUCUUAUAGGGAAGUUUUUGGAGGCAAAGAGACCCCACUUGUAUUGGACACCUUGUGCAGCCCAUUGCAUGGAUUUAAUGUUGGAAGACAUUUUCAAAUUACCCAAUUUUAAGAAGACAUUUGAAAGGGCAAUUGGGGUACACAGUUAUAUUUAUAAUCGUCCAUCUUUGUUGAAUAUGAUGAGGAGUUUCACUCAAUUGAAGGAGUUAGUGAAGCCUGCUAAAACCCGAUUUGCAACAGCUUUCUUAACUUUGCAAAGACUUUAUCAACAAAGGAACAACUUGAGGAAGAUGUUUACUUCGGAGGAGUGGACCAAAAGCAAAUGGGCGAAGGAGCCGCAGGGUAAGAAGACAGCUCAAAUAAUGCUAAUGCCUUCAUUUUGGAAUCAUGUUCACCUUGCCCUGCAGUUUUCAUGUCCUCUUGUUCAUGUACUAAGAAUGGUUGAUGGUGAAGAAAAGCCUCCAAUGGGAUAUAUUUACGAGGCUAUGGAUAGGGCUAAAGAAGCUAUUGCAAAUGCAUUCGAUGGAAAGGAAGAGAAGUAUAAAGAGAUCUUUGAAAUCAUUGAUCAAAGGUGGGACAUUCAAUUGCAUCGCCCUUUGCAUGCUGCUGGGUUUUAUUUAAAUCCUAGUUUGUUUUACAAAGAUCCAAAUGCUGCAAAGGACAAAGAAAUCAUGACAGGCCUAUAUCAAUGUAUAUCAAGGUUGAUCCCAACACUAGAGAUCCAAGAUAAAGUUUGUGCAGAAUUAGCUAAGUAUGAGAAGGCUGAAGGACUUUUUCAGAUUCCUAUGGCAAUUAGACAAAGAAGUACAAGGGUACCAGCUUCACAGCAAAAAAAGAAAUAGGCUGGCU